AUGGCCAUCGUGAGGAAAAAGCCCACCCUCAGGCCAUGCGACAUCGACCCCGGACGGCGACACCGAGCGCGCAGCGACUCUGACGGUGAAGCACCAAUUGCCAAGCCGUCGCCUAGCAAGAUCCAGCAGAUUGGCCAAGGCUCGAUAAGGCUUGCGCAGACGUCGGCGAGAUGCGUGCAGAGCGGCACCAGGUCCAUGGCGGCUGCUGGUCUGGCGAACCUGAAAUGGAUUCUUCUCAUCUGGCUGAUGUACUAUCUGUGGACUCAAAUUCGGCAGGAUCCCGGAUUUAGUGGGAAUUCUGCCUGGCUACGGAGCAAGUAUCCCUCUUGCCUUCGCAAUCAAUGGGGAUUCUUUCCCAUUUAG